AUGCCUGACAAAACCACUACACGAUUACCCCUUCACAUCAACAUAAAUACCGAUGUGUUUACCACAAAAACAAAUUUUCGACGCAAAAUAUUGCAAGAAUCACCUUUAAUCCCUCAAAUUUUAAAUCAAUUUCCAUCAAAAGAAAUAAUAUCACAAGACAUACCUUCAGUAGAUGUGUUAAGCAACGUUUUUCCCACUGAUGGUGAUGGAGAAACUACUGCAAUUCUAUUGAAUUGGUCUAGAUUAGAAAAUUUGAAGAUUAUAGUGAAACAUUUGUGUCAAUAUUCAAUGUUUAAGGAGAUCAUGAUAUGGAAUAAUAAUGGUGAUAUACAUCUUUCUGACCAAAUGUUCACCGAGACCCAAUGCACCAAAAUCCGUUAUUACAACUCUCCAGGAAACAUGCAUUUCAUUGCAAGAUACAUGGCUUGUGCAAUGGCCACUACUCCUUACUGUUAUUUUCAGGAUGAUGAUUGGAUUAUUCGGAAUAUGCGUUCUAUGUAUGCUAACUUUCUACGUUUUCCAAAUUUAAUUCAUACCGAUACAAAUGCGGACGUAUAUUCCUUGACCAAUUGGAAAUGGUGUUUUUUUGAUGAUUCUGUCGAUUUGCACGCUUGCUUUUCUUGGGUUGGAACCGGUGCUUUUACUUCUCGGGAAAAUGUAGUAAGGUUUCUCAAAAUGGCUUCGAUCACUGAGAUGGACCCAACUGAAUUUGCGUAUGGCGACAUGUAUUUCACAACAUUUAUGAACCAAGUGCCAUAUCAAUUGGAGAAUGAAUUAAUGGAAUUACCGCAGGAAAAUGCUUUUAGUGCUGGAGAGGGAAGAAUUCGCAACAAAAUUUAUAUGCACAAAGCUUUGGUACGUUUAUACGAUCAUCUAAGUCGUAAAACAGGUGCCUUUGAAACUAAGGAAAUUUCACCUAGCAUAUAUCAACGUGAUGUACGUUCUCCUUGCGCGAAUGAUAGAUGUUUAUUUCUUACAAAUAAACAUUCUUUUCCGGACGUUCGAGCAUUUCGUUAUAGACCAUAUAUUAAUAUUAGUGAGUCUGAACGAAUUCAUGAGAGCUAUUAUGACACUGGACAUUUCAUUCGUCAUCCUUAUUCGCACGCAGUAGAUGAUAAAGAAUGGACUGCAUGGAAAUCACAAGAGGUCAUUCGUAAGGAUGAUUAUAUAAGUUUAGAUUUGUUGUUCCCGAUGCCAUUCCCACUCAUAUUUACUCUCGUAGUCGAUCACCACAGAGAUUAUUUCUCAUCGUUAAACAUAAAGAUACAGAUAUCUUAUAAUGGAAUAGAUUGGAUACAAUUAUCACCAUUACCGAAAAUAGAAGUUAGACAGCUUCCACAAACUGGCCUUGACGGAAGAACACAUUUAUUAUCAUGUACUUUUCAAAUUCGAGAGACUGGAAUCCGUUUUGUAAAAUUAACUAGUACAAGAGAAUGGGAAUUUCCAUAUGGCAUUUAUGAUUUUUCCUUCCGUGCUCGUAUUGAUAAACUUAACAGUGGCGGUUUGUUAGGUAGCUUAAUUCAUAAUUCAAGAUUCUCAUCCUUUAAAAAUUUCAAUCUUAAGGCUAUUAUUGUGCAUCACAUUGGUAGUUGA